GAACUGAUUGAAUUAGUGGGAAAUCCCUCAUCUUUACUAAAAGCUGCAUUUCUUUUCUUGAACAUUUUUUGCAAUCCCGGUUGAGAAUUCUAUGCUUUAAUGAGAAAUAGGUGGUUGUUUUUCUUGUUUCUGAGUGGUGAUAUUGAUGAUCCGAAAUCUUGACGAUCGUAUGCACGGUAUCCGGAGGCAUUCAAGUGAGAAUGUCAGCCGAUGUGAGGCUGAUGCUUCGGAUCAAGUGCGAAUUCUACGCGAAAGAAUCGAUAAAGAGUGUCCUAAUUCAAUGGGGUGGAGAGUGGUGUCACUUUUGGAGUCUUUGAAGGCGCUUGAGAAGCAAGAAUUCGAUUACCAGUCCAGACGCAGUUCAGAUUGUUCAAGAUUGCAGGAGGAGAUUGACGAACUUGAUAACAUGUUGCAUAGUGGUGUAGAUGAUGAAGGCUCUGUUAAGUCUGAUCAUUAUUUUCAAGGCUCUAAUGCACUACUUGAUUCAGCGAAGAAGGAACUUGCCACAAAGUUAAGAUCAAUUGUGUCAGUAAAGCGGCAGCUUGAUGGAGUGCCAUCACAGGCUGAACUGAUACAGUACGAACUCCGAUUUUCUGAACUAAAUACUCAGAUUCAGAAGAAGCUUAGACAAACCCGCAAGCACUAUGACACGUAUAAUGCUCUAUUAGAGAUUAAAGAGUUGAUGCUAAAGGAAACAUCCCUGUUGAAUUCCAUUAGUUUGCAGUUCCAAAAUGCUAUUGCUAGUGCUGAUGGGAGGACAAAACUCAUCAACUCCCUGGAAGGAAUUCUAAAUGGAACUCAACAGAAACUUGAGAAAGUGCAACUGACACUGCAAUCGGAACAAAAGUUCUGUGAUACCGUCAAGGAUAAGUAUGCAGCUGCAAUUGCAGAGCAAAGGCAGAGCUCUUCUCUCCUGAAACUUUUCCAGGAAGAAUGUGCAAGGAAUGAGAGGCUUCAGGCUCAGGUCGAAAACGAGGGAUCUGAAGCUUCGACAGUGGUGCAACUACAGAAUCAGCCGGAGGGCCGUAGAAAUAGGCGAUGGAGAGCCUAUGCCUAGUCUCGUUGGGAACAACACGAUGAUACACUGUCGGAAAACGUGCGUUGGAGAUGAUGUGCAUGAGAUCGCCUAUGUUGACAAUUAGGGCUCCUGGUACUGGAGGGACCGGUGUCCAGCCAAUGCCCUCUUGGAAGAUUUGG